AUGAAUUGGUCCAGUGUUACUCCGUUCUUUGGGUUUCAUCAUGUACUGAUGAUUUUAUGUAUAUUGGCCAUGGUGUUCUGGUCCGUGCUUGUGGCUGGAUGCACCUCCUCCAAUGGACUGAGCAAUGUCUAUCUCAUCUCCCUAUCGUACAAAGGCGCUGGCGUAACGGCUACCAACAGCUCGUUGCAAGUCAAUCACGAUGCCGGAAAUUGCUUUAUCGAUGGGAUCACAGGCAGCUCCAAGACAAUCCGGCAGAUAAAUAUUGGGUUCAUGGCCUUGUGCGUCCAGCUCAACUCUGGAAUUUGGCUUUGCGGGAGCAGUGCUCAAGACAUCGCCCAGAAUCUGAAGGACCAGGAAUCCGUCGACGCUGAUCCAUUUAAUCUUGUCUGGAUAGCGGAGAAGUUCAGGACGAAUAUUAUAUUCUACGGCUUUCUGAUUGCAGUAGUUGUCAUGAUUUUCUUCCAGUUCCUCCUCUUGGCAACAUUUCCCGGCUGGCAUGAAGACGACGUCAGCAGUGGAUCGGUUGACAGAAUGGUAAAACCGUUCCCCAGCCGUAAAGUAACCGUACCCUGCCUUGCGCUGGCGUACAUCGCUUUGCUUCUCUCUUUCGUAACUGUUUUAUGGCAGCACAUAGGAGGUGCUGCGGCAUCGAAGUUGCUGGAACUGCUUUCCUACGGCAUCAUUCAGGCUGAGGUGGGAGCAACUGCAAUGGUGCUGGGAUGGGUUGGCGUGGCAUUCACUGCGAUUGUGGCCCUCGGCAUACACACCAUCAAGGUAUCAACCAAUUCAAUUACAUCUACUAAACUUUCUAGUGUAAUUAAAUAG